UGAACUUUUUUUUUUUUGUCAAAAAUCGAUCACAAAGAAAACACAGGUAGGCCUGCAUAGUGGAGACAUCAUCUGCUGGAAAUUUCCGGAUCUCCCCUUUUUCGCAUAAUUAAUUCACUUUUUCUUGUUUCCGGCAACAAUCUCCGAUCAAAUUUUCGCUUGUUCUUCUUGAAAUUAGGGGGAGGAAUACAUAGUUUUAUAAAGAUGAGUCAGGUAUUCGACGGAUACGAACGCCAAUAUUGUGAAAUCUCUGCGAAUUUGACCCGCAAAUGUAACAAUGCAGCUGUUCUUAAGGGAGAACAGAAGAAGCAGAAAAUAUCUGAAAUUAAAAAUGGUUUGGAAGAAGCAGAAACACUGAUUCGGAAAAUGGAUCUAGAGGCGAGAACAUUGCAGCCAAAUGUGAAGGCCAUGGUCCUUGCCAAGCUUAGAGAGUACAAAAAUGACUUGAGCAAUCUAAAAGCAGAGAUCAAAAGACUCUCUACUACAGACAGUCAAGCUGCUCGAGAUGCGUUGCUGGAAUCUGGUAUGGCGGAUGCACUGAUGGCUUCUGCUGAUCAAAGAGGUAGAUUAUUGAUGUCAACGGAAAGAUUGAACCAAUCCACUGACAGGGUUAGGCAGAGCAGAAUGACCAUGCAAGAAACUGAAGCUAUUGGGGUCUCUAUACUUGAAGAUUUGCAUCAGCAACGCCAAUCACUUUUGCAUGCCCAUAACACACUGCAUGGGGUUGAUGAGAAUAUUGGAAGAAGCAAGAAAAUCCUGACCGGAAUGUCAAGGAGAAUGAACAGAAACAAAUGGAUUAUUGGUUCUAUAGUUGCGAUUCUGGUCGUUGCAGUUAUUAUGAUCCUUUACUUCAAGUUGAGCCAUUAGUUCCCCAACUCUCUUUUGAAUAUCCAUCGAACACAGUGACUCGCCAUGUUGUGCCACUCUGAUUGAUGUGCUGUGCCUUACCUUGUUGUGAUUUAUCAUUUGUUGCUAAGUCACCUUGUUCCUAUUUUCAUAUUAUUCUGUUUUGCCUCUUCAUAUUCUUCGGCUAAGUUUUAGUUGGCCUCGUGUGUCAAGGUUUGCCAUUCGUUCUCAUGUUCUGUCUGCUGUGUCAAUGUUUCUCAAGUCUGUAAAGGUUUACAUUGAAUCUUAUCUUUCUACUGUUCUAAUAGACAAUAAUUUUUCUUAACCGCUUGAUUAAUUUAUA